AUGAAAUUUCAAGGCAAAACUUCCGUGGAUGAAUCAACGGCUAUUCUUGACGCAUUCUAUAAAGCUGGAGGGAAUUUUAUUGAUACGGCAAAUGCUUAUCAGAAUGGUCAGUCAGAAGAGCGACUGGGUCAAUGGAUGGCAGACAACAAGAACCGUGACGAAAUGGUCAUUGCGACCAAAUACACAUCUCCAUACAUGGGAGCAUUUCCCUCCAAGAUUCCCGUCAAUUACAUGGGCAACGGCAGCAAGAGCAUGAAACUCUCUCCCUCGAAGCGAGUUUGA